AAUUACCACAAUACGCUAAUUUGCAUAAUAUUACCAUAUCAGUGAUUGCGCAAGGGCCGACGGGAUAUCCAACAUGGCAGCGCCCAUCACAGCAGUAUUUUCGUGGGGAGCGAACAGUUAUGGGCAGCUAGGGCUGGGUCAUCACAGAGAUCACCUUUUACCUGAAAAUCUUAAAAAUUUUCCAGAAGAUGUGAAAACAAUUGUGGGCGGAGGUGGUCACACUCUAUUUCUAACAGGAAAUGGGGAGCUCCAUGUAUGUGGCAGUAAUAACAAAGGUCAACUUGGUCUUGGUCAUACCUCGGACAUCAGCAAACUGGUCCGGGUUCCGGACCUUGGGCCUCUCAAACAGAUUGCGUGUGGAUGGAAUCAUACAGUGGCUAUAACAGAGAAUGAUGAGCUGCUUUGUUGGGGUUCAAAUACACAUGGUCAACUUACGCUCAAGGAGAGUAUCGUCACAAAACCCAGAAAAAUAGAGGUUCCGGGCAGUGAUUGCCCAAGGUUUGCUGCAGUAUCAGGAGGUCUACGGCAUACUCUGGCCGUAUCAACAGACGGUCAGCUCUGGACAUGGGGUGCGGGCAAGAAGGGUCAACUAGGUUGGACGGACAGUAAGAUGAGGGUACCUCAACAAUGGAAUAAACCUGUACACAUUCCGGUAAAAGAGGACGAGGUAGAUGUCAAGUUUGUUCAGGUUGCAGCAGGAGCAUAUCACAGUGCAGCUUUAUCAGAUAUGGGUGUGGUUUAUGUAUGGGGCUGUAACAAGUGGAGCCAACUCGCACAACCAAAGUCACCCAACCCCAAGCAGACGCCCCAGAGAUUAGACCCAACUCUCUUUGAUGGCUUUAGGAUAAAAAGCAUCCACAGUGGUUGGACACACAUGAUGGCUGUAACAGAGGAUGAGUCGGUCUACACGUGGGGUCGGAACGACUACGGGCAGCUUGGGAGACCUGCUGCCAAGGUUUUAGCCAACGGAAACACAGAGUCGGAGAGCAAUGCCACGCCUACAAACACAACUCCAGAUUGCUGUCAUAUACCUACUGAAAUAAGCAUUCUAAACAAUGCUAAACAGAUUGCUUGUGGAGCUGAGCACAGUUUAGCAAUAACAAAGGAUAACAAGCUUCUAGCAUGGGGCUGGAACGAGCAUGGAAUGUGUGCCGAUGGAACCAAGACCAAUGUCCUCCUCCCUAAACAAGUCCAAGGCUUGGAUGGUCACGUGGCAUCUAAAGUAGGAGUCGGUGCCGGACACUGCUAUGCCUUCUGUCAAUGAUGCUCAGGUUUUUUUCUUUUCUGCUGACUUUUAUUGGUACCCAUGUGACGUCAGUUAUUAGUUAAGCGUCUAGUCUUAUUCCCCAGACUUGUCAUUUUUAACCCUCUUUGUAUCGCUGAGGAGGUGAAUUGCUUGACAAUAUCAGGGUCUCCAUACAAGCUUUGUGGGUGCAAUGAACAGGUGUCCAUAGUAAUUGUACUGUUGAGCGAAUGAUUGGGGUUUGUCAGGGGUGCAUCCUUGCUCCCAUUUUAUUCAGGUCCACUCUUGUGUAAAGGGCUACCUCUUCCUCAAUCUUACCUUAAUGUAUGGAGGUUGUCAGGGAUGCGUCUUCUCACCCCUUUUACUUAACCCAAAUCCCAUGUGAGGGAUAUACCCUGGCACUCCUCUAUCUCAAACUUAUUCAAUCCUAAGGAGACACAGCUAUUGAGAUAGAAAGUGUUUGAAACAUUGAUGUUUUAACAAAGAUGUUUCAAUAUCAAUGGACUCAUAAUGUGGGAGAAAGUACAUGGGUAUAGGUUGGUUCACUGAUUGGAAAGUAUUUGUUAGGGAUAAAGAAUGGGGUCUUUGAGGCAGACUAACCAGCUCCAAUCUCACAUAACUUUACUAGGCCAAUCGUGUUCAUGUCUUUAAUCUUUUUAAUGUCAUAUUCAUUUGAUAUUUCCCAAUCUGGGGAGCAUUUUAAUGAAACGACUUGUCUGAUCUUUCAUCAGUUACCAUAGCAACAGUCAGACAUUCGGGGAGCAUUUCAUGAACCUUUGUCAUUUGUUAUCUUUGUCAGUUGUCUGAUCUGACAACUUUCCUUAAAUUUGAAUGGCUAAGAAGUACCGAUACUAUAUAGUAACUGUCAAAAAUAAACGGCACUCGUCCCGAGGAAACGUCCAACAAGUCUUCCCAUGAAACCUGUCUCUGCUCCUCAGCCAAUCCAAAUCAAGGAAAGUUGUUGGUACUGACAACUGAUCAGGCAAUAAAUAAUUCUGAAGUGUAUUCUUCUGGGGCCGUUACACAAAGCUUAGCAACCAUCUUAGUAGAUUUCUAACGAUCGAUUACAUUGACUACAAUCAAUCAUGAAAAUCAAGCGCGUGAUUAAUCGCUAACUGUUGUUUUACCGAACCCUGGUCUGCACUAGAAAACAUGGCAAAAAGGAAGACGUAAAGGUUUUAGAGCUGAAAAAAAAUACACACUGUACAAAUUCGACUUGUAUAAUCCUUGGUGUCCAUAAGGGGUGCCUCUUGUCUACUCAUUUCUAUAAAAAAAUAGUGGUAAGUUUUAAGCCACUGUCAAAAGCUACUGAAAUGGGACCAUGUGAUUGGCUGAGAACAAAUUCAUCACAGAUAUCAAAUAUUUCUGAUUAUUAUGUUUUGUGAAACAGGGCGUGGACUACAAAUUGUAAUAGUUUUUUUAUGAUUGGCAGGAAAAAUAGAUAUAUGUUUUUAUUGUAAAAUAACCCUCAAGUUGGGGACAUAUAUGUAUAAUACUUUGUAAAAUAACAGAGUCUAUUUCAAGAGAUAUAUACUGUUUGCUAGGACAAGUGAUAGAACCAAA